AUGUCUGAUGAAAACAGGAGAGACACAAGAUCUUCUUGCGCCAAAUCAAUGGACCUCGGGGAAGACAUUAAGGAGUACCUACGUACCAGGGAUAGAUGCGAGCGCAAGAUCGGGAAGGGCACAGCGCCUGGGUUACGCGACAAAUUCAAGGCUGGGGAAUUUGGGCACCCAUCCGAGGAGCGCGGGCCGGGCAGAGAGCGCAGCCGCACACGUAGAGAAUCAUCAUCCAACAGCUCCCGAAGCCCCUUGCCGGCCCAGGACCAGGGACUCAAGGGUCGCGAAUACUUACUCACAACCCCCUAUCAAGGGUUCCAAACAUCCAUUGGACACAAUGGAGCGAUCCCCGUUACCGUUGCAGCUCCUCGACAACAGUUGACCAAUGACGAAUUUGUCGCAUCUUACCUCAGAGGCUCUUACGGUACAAAGAACCCAGAACUUUACGAGAGGUCAGUUAUACCAGUCAAUCCGGAGAUAUAUAGGCCUGCUCCCUCUCGUGCACUGCCUAAACCCAAGCCGGCUCCCAAGGUGGCCCUCGACCUCUCAGUGCACAAGGUUCCCACCAAAACCCUGCCCCAGGGGAAAUACAGCACAAGAGCCGCAGCUUCAAAGCAACCCCAGUGCCAGCAAAGAAACGACAGAUCCAGAUCACCCAGUCCGGGUCCGGCCCGGGCUCAUAGACCCGGCUCAAGGGAGGUGGAGGAACUCACCCAGUUGAUGAGAGGGAUUGGGCGAGACUGUGAGCAUAUGGGUCAGAUCCAGGGGGCUGUCAAAAAUGCACUGGGUGAUCUGAACAAAAACCACAACUCCUCAUUCGACAGACUCCUCACGCGCAUUGCCACCCUGGAGGAGGGUCAGGUAGAGAUACGUCACACCCUGAAAGGGGUUGUUCACCAACUAGAGGUCAUCACAUCUCUCGAAGUCAGUGGAACCGGGGAGAAAAGGUAUGUUCUACCAGGUGGGCGGGCUCCGAGGAUGCCCAAGCGAGGCGGGCCAGAGGACAUCGCCAGCCCAAGAGCCAACCCCAUAACCUUUGGAAAAUCAUCUACCAGCGUCCACAGCGCUAAAAUCUCGGUGCUUACAAUGUUGACUCACCUACACAACACGGAUCUAGGAGAGCUCGCCAACCGCAUCUACUCUCUCAAGACGAUUGAGGAAAUAGAGGAUUCAUGCGACGCUGUCCUAAAAGAUUCGGAUUAUCACCCAGACGAGCCCCCUGUCGUUGGGCUGUCGGCGUUGUUGGAGACUGUUGGGACGACAGGGAGAGCGGUUGAGUCUGAGGACGAGGAACCAACCAAGGUUGCAUGGAAGUGCACGGAAACCGUAUAG